GUAUUUUAGUAUUAAAACAAUUCAUUAACAUGAAUAAGGAAACAGCAAAUCAUAAGAAGCGGCAUGUGAUCUGCAUGGCUUCAGAUUUCUUCUACCCGAAUACAGGAGGAGUUGAAGAGCAUAUUUACAAUUUGUCGCAAUGUUUGAUAAAACGUGGACAUAAAGUCGUUGUAAUUACUCAUUGCUACGGAGAUAGAGUCGGAGUAAGAUAUCUAACAGGUGGCCUAAAAGUGUAUUACUUACCUAUAAAGGUAUUUUACGCUCAAUGUGUUUUGCCUACCAUGAUUUGUAAUAUAGCCUUAGUACGGUACAUAUUAAUACGUGAAUGUAUUGAAAUUGUUCAUGGUCACUCAGCCUUCAGUGUUCUAGCACAUGAAAUUUCAAUUAUAGGCAAGUUGCUAGGUUUGAAGACGGUUUUUACUGAUCACAGUCUAUUUGGCUUUGCAGACACCUCAGCAGUUCUAACUAAUAAAUAUUUACAAAUGUGCCUGUGUGAGUGUGAUCAUUGUAUAUGUGUGUCACAUACUGGGAAAGAGAAUACAGUUCUAAGAGCAAAAGUUAGAGCACAUAAAGUUUCUGUUAUUCCUAAUGCAGUUGAUGCUUACAACUUUACCCCAGAUCCGAGUAAAAGAGAUCCUAAUGUGAUAACAAUAGUCAUUGUAUCUAGAUUAGUAUAUAGAAAAGGAGUAGACUUAAUGGCUGCAGUGAUAGCUGACAUGUGCCCUCGAUAUCCUAAACUUAGGUUUAUAAUUGCUGGUGAUGGUCCAAAGAUGUGGCUACUGCAAGAAGUGAGAGAAAGAAAAGGCUUUCAACACUGUGUCACAUUGUUGGGUAGUUUGAAACAUUCAGAAGUCAGAGAUACAUUGGUCAAAGGUGAUAUAUUUCUCAAUACAUCAUUGACUGAAGCUUAUUGUAUGGCUAUUGUGGAAGCUGCAUCAUGUGGAUUAAAAGUUGUAUCAACUAAAGUGGGAGGUAUACCUGAAGUCUUACCUGAAAAUAUGAUUUACUUAACCGAACCAAAUAUUAAUAGUAUUGUUAAAGGUAUUGAAUUAGCUAUGAAUGAUUUAAAAAAGGGACAUAUACUAUGUCCAUAUGAAUGUAAUAGAAUGAUAAGAAAAAUGUACAAUUGGAUGGAUAUUGCAAGUAGAACUGAGAUAGUAUAUAAUAAAAUUUUACUAAAUAAAAAUAAACCAUUGGGUCAACAGUUAAGAAGUUAUUUGACAAGUGGUGUUUGGCCAUUUUUACUAGUCAUAAGUUUAAUGUAUUUAUUACUGCAAUUAGCUGAAAGAAUAUAUAAAAGGAAACAUAUUGACAUUGCUAAAGAUUUGAAGUUAUAA